UUCUAAACUCACGCUCUGCUAUAUUUAAGUUCCUGGUCGCGCCCGAAUUCCCAUCAAACCAAUUCCCCCAUCCUUCACUGUCCUUCGCCCAGAAUGGACUCUGCUAGUGAACGAUCUGAAAAACACAGCUUACACGAGCGAACUGUGAGGGACUCAGAGGUGGAUGUCGCGGCACAACUUGCGGCGGGUGACAAUACAGACGGACAAUUCGAUCCUCAGGUAGCUUUGCAGCUGAGGCGCAAGAUUGACUGGCAUUUGAUGCCACUUAUGUGCAUUAUGUAUCUUAUGGCCUUUGCGGACAAGACGGCACUGGGUCAAUCAGCCAUUCUGGGGAUUAUUCCUGGCGCACACCUCAAUCAAAACCAGUUCAACUGGUUGGGCUCAAUCUUCUACCUCAGUUAUCUUGUCUUUCAAUAUCCUCAAAACCUCGCAUUGCAGAAAUUUCCCGUCGGGAAAUGGAUAAGUAUCAAUAUCUUCAUCUGGGCAGUCGCUCUCUUGGCCCACGCUGCAUGCAAGUCCUUUGGAGCUCUAUUCGCAGUGCGCUUGAUCUUGGGUGUGUGUGAGGGUGCCAUCACACCAGGAUUUAUGAUCGUGACGUCGAUGUUCUACACUCGAGCAGAGCAAACAAGGCGUGUUGGCUACUGGUUUCUCAUGAACGGCUUUGCCAUUAUCUUCCUGGGAUUCGUGGCAUUCGGGGUCUUACAUACGAAGUCCUCGAGCUUUAUGCCUUGGCAGUGGUUGAUGGUCAUCACCGGUGUAAUGACCCUUGUGACCUCAGUCAUCUUCUGGUUUUCGUUUCCGGACUCCCCCACAACAGCUUGGUUCCUCACUCCGGAGGAACGGGUCCUUGCAGUCAGACGAAUUCAGGUCAAUCAGACUGGUGUAGAAAAUAAGCACUGGAAACGGAAUCAGUUCAUCGAAACUUUCGUUGACCCAAAGGUCUGGCUUAUGGCGCUGUUCGCUGCAAUUGCAAAUAUUAUCAAUUCCUUGACGAACCAGCGGCAGCUCAUCGUGACUCAAUUCGGUUUCACACCCAUCCAAACGACAUUGAUCGGAUGUGUGGACGGUGUAGUGGAAAUCCUGACAGUUUGGCUAGGAGUGGCUCUGGCGACGUAUAGACCGAUCGGACGAGGAUAUGCUGCCAUCAUCAUGCUUAUCCCAGCUUUACUUGGGUGUCUUCUUGUCAACCUUUUACCUUCUCAUAUGAAGAUAGGGCUUCUUUUCGGCUAUUGGCUCUCUAUUUUCGGAAUUACCCCCUUCGCUAUAUUCCUGGGUUGGGUUUCCACUCUCACUUCUGGACACACCAAACGUAUCACGACAAAUGCUGUUGUCCUUAUUGCAUAUUCUAUCGGUAACUUUGCUGGACCUUUUGUAUGGGAGAAGCGAUAUCAACCUAGGAAUCAUGUACCUUGGGCUCUCCUGGCUGCAUGCUGCGGAGCAUCUGCGGUAGUGCUCUGUGCCCUACGCUUCGUUCUUGCGAGAGAGAACAAGCGUCGGGAUGCAGAAGUGAGGGAUGAAACUUACGAUCAUGUAUACAUCACCCGUGUUAAUCCCGACGGGACCCAAGAGCAAAAGAAGGUCGACAGGGCUUUCUUGGAUUUGACUGACAUUCAAAAUAGAGAUUUUAGAUAUGUGCUAUGAGAGAUUUGAGGGAGUAAAGAUAAAUUUAUUAGAUGAUCAUGAUCCACCCAUA